CUCUUCAUUGUGGUUUAUUAGGAGUUUUAGCUAAUAAACCACCUACAUUGUUUCUUGUUAAGUUGAAAUCAACUUCUUUGCACUUGUUGGGCUCUUUUUUGUUCUUGUUGUCUGGACUAUCUUUUUCCAACCCUUUUUUUGAUAAUAAUAAUAACAACAAUAAUAAUAAUCAUCUUGUUCUGAGGGAUGGGUGGAGUUGUGGUGGUGUUCACUUUGCUGCUGGUUCUGGUGCCUCUGGCUUCUGCUGGGCAUGACUAUGGGAAGGCACUGAGCAAGAGCAUUCUGUUCUUUGAGGCCCAGAGGUCUGGGUACCUCCCCAGUAACCAGAGGGUCACCUGGAGAGCUAACUCGGGGCUGCUUGAUGGAAAGGCUAAUGGGGUAGAUCUUGUUGGAGGCUACUAUGAUGCAGGGGACAAUGUGAAAUUUGGUCUGCCAAUGGCCUUCACCAUCACUAUGAUGGCAUGGAGCAUAGCUGAAUAUGGGAAGCAGAUGGCUGCAACUGGAGAGCUAGGUCAUGCCAUGGAGGCUGUGAAGUGGGGCACUGACUACCUCAUCAAAGCCCACCCAGAGCCCUAUGUCCUCUAUGGAGAGGUGGGGGAUGGGAACUCGGAUCACUAUUGCUGGCAGCGACCCGAAGACAUGACGACUAGCCGGAUGGCCUACAGGAUUGAUGCCAACCACCCUGGAUCGGAUCUUGCCGGAGAGACGUCAGCGGCAAUGGCCUCAACUUCCAUUAUUUUCCGGCGGUUGGACCCAGCUUAUUCCAGCCAGCUCCUCAGCCAUGCAAAGCAGCUCUUUGAGUUCGCGGACAAGUACAGGGGCAAGUACGACAGCAGCAUCACCGUCGCUCAGAAGUACUACCAAUCCAUGAGUGGAUACGGGGACGAGCUACUCUGGGCCGCGGCGUGGCUGUACCAGGCGACGAACGACAGGUACUACCUGGACUACUUGGGGAACAACGGUGAUGCGUUGGGUGGAACCGGGUGGGCGAUGACCGAGUUCGGGUGGGACGUCAAAUACGCUGGUGUUCAAGUUCUCGCCUCCAAGUUUCUUUUCCAAGGGAAAGCAGCUCAUCAUUCGCCAGUCUUUGAGCGAUAUCAGCAGAAGGCAGAGUACUUUAUGUGCUCAUGCCUCGGAAAGGGUACCCGCAAUGUUCAGAGGACCCCUGGAGGCCUAAUGUUCCGCCAGAGGUGGAACAAUAUGCAGUUCGUGACGAGUGCCUCCUUCCUCCUCACUGUUUACUCUGACUACAUUUCAGCUACUGGGAGGAACAUACAGUGUGCUGCUGGUACUGCCACGCCUUCAGAGCUUCUCAUGUUUGCCAAGUCUCAGGUUGAUUAUAUACUAGGAGACAACCCAAGGGCCACAAGCUAUAUGGUGGGAUAUGGCAGCACUUACCCACAGAAGGUCCACCACCGUGCAUCCUCGAUCGUGUCGAUCAAGGUCGAUGCUACAUUCGUGAGCUGCAGGGGAGGUUACCAAACAUGGUUCAGCCGCAAGUCCAGCGACCCUAACCUCCUUCAUGGUGCCAUUGUUGGUGGGCCUGAUGCCUAUGAUGACUUUGCUGAUCAAAGGGACAACUAUGAGCAGACUGAGCCUGCAACAUAUAACAAUGCUCCUAUACUUGGUGUAUUGGCCCGUCUUCAUGGUGGCAAUGCUGGUUUCAACCAACUCCUUCCAGUGGUGCUUCCUACACCUAAUAUACCUGUGAAGAAUGAUAAAAUGAAACCCAUGCCUCAGCCAAAACCAUCUACUUCUGCUCCAGUUUCGAAACCUAACUCACCAUUCACUGUCGAGCAAAAGGCAACUACGUCAUGGAAUUACAAGGGAAAAACCUACUACAGGUAUUCCACAGUGGUGACAAACAAAUCAUCAAAGACUGUGAAGGACCUCAACAUUUCUGUAUCCAAGCUUUAUGGCCCAUUAUGGGGGCUCAGCAAGUCCAGAAAUGGCUUUGGAUUCCCAACAUGGCUCAGCUCUCUGGCUGCGGGAAAGAGCUUGGAAUUUGUUUACAUCCAUACAGCUUCUCCAGCUGACAUCUGGGUCUCAGGGUAUACAUUGGUCUGAGAUUAUCUGGAAACUCAAGCAUAAAAGAAACAGAGAGCUUGAUUGGUUUCAGGUGUUGAGUAAUGCAGUUAUAUAGUAUAGUCCAGGAAGGGUUUUUUGUCCCCCUUCUUUUUUACCGUCGGUGUGGUAAAAACUUAGGAUAUAUUAAUGAGUGCCAGGAUUAGGGGAGAAAGGAGUGAAGGGACAAACGUAGUGCUCAUCCUCUUUCUUCUCUUCUUCCAGUAAUCUUAAAGAUUGGAAGAUACUAAUAUGGAAAUAGUUGGGAGGUAAGGACCUUCCCAACUAGUAUUUAGGAGUUUCUGUUGCUUUUCUUGCUCAAAUUAACAACCUUUGGUUGUGUUACUACCGUUGGAAGCUUUCCAGUUGUAACUUUUUGAUAUUGUGGAGAUCUUAGUGUGCUGCUUUAAUGAAACAUUGUGAGCUUUUAGUUAAUGUUUAUCUGAUGCCUGCCCCGUUUGGAAAGGA